UCCCCCUCUUCCCAACCACGAAGGGCGGCAGCGAUGGUGAAUAUGGACGAGGAGGCUGAAGGAGACUCGUCCUAGUCCUUCGCUACACCCCACACCCCCAACCUACACGCCACUCCCCGGCAUCAUGGCGCAAACCUUCAGAGAUAGCCUCGAUGCCCUCUUCAACGACCUUCGAGCCCGGUCGGAGAACACGCGCCAAAAUGCGGCGGCAAGACUGGGAGAGCAGGUCAAUUCCUGCUUCAGAGAACUGCCGCCCGCCGAGUUCGCGCGCUACUACAAUGAUGUCAACACCCGGAUGGUCGCUCUCAUCAUGGGCGGCACCGACACGCACGAACGCACCGGCGGCCUGUACGCCUUGAAUGCUUUGAUCGAUUUCAAGGGAGACGAUGCGGCAGCAAAGGUGACCAAGUUCAGCAACUACCUCAAGAGAGUGCUCGAGGGCAAUGAUACCAGUGCGAUGGUGGUUGCGGCAAAGUGUCUGGGCCGAUUGGCGACGCCUGGCGGUGCCCUCACGGCGGAACUUGUCGAGGCGGAAGUUAAGCACGCCCUCGAAUGGCUCACGUCGGAGCGGAACGAGAACAGACGGUUCGCCGCGGUGUUGAUAUUAAGAGAGCUGGCCAGGAAUAGUUCGACUCUGCUGUACCCAUACAUUCCCGGCAUCCUCGUCAGCAUAUGGGAGGGCUUGCGGGACCAAAAGUACGCCAUACGCGAGGUGGCGGCAGAGACUGUCAGCCAGUGCUUCAAGGUCCUCUCCGCCAGGGAUCCGCAGCAACGGACUACGUGUUUAACCCGCAUGUUUGAAGCCGCACAAGAUGGUUUCCGGAGAAACACUGUCGAGUCCAUUCACGGAUCGCUUCUGGCGUACAAAGAGCUACUCGUCCAAGGUGGAAUGUUCAUGCACGGUGCUCGCUACAAGGAUGCGUGCGAGCGGACACUUCUUCAGCAGUAUCGCGAACAUCGCGAUCCAACCAUUCGGCGUACGGUCGUCGAGAUCAUCCCCAUCCUCGCGGGAUACGCACCGAAAGAGUUCUGUGUCAAUUAUCUCGCCCGCUCAAUGUCCCAUCUGCAGACUCUUCUGAAGGAUCCGCGGCAGCGUAACAUCGCCUUCGCGGCUAUCGGCCAGAUUGCGCAUGCUGUUGGAUCGCAAAUUGCACCAUAUCUUGACACCAUCCUCCUUCAUAUCCGAGACGCACUCUCCGUCAAGAACCGCAGCAAACACUCGGACGAGGCACCCAUCUUCGAGUGCAUCAGCAUGAUCUCCAUCGCCGUUGGCCAGACUUUGAGCAAAUACAUGGAGGCGCUGCUCGAUCCUAUCUUUGCCUGUGGACUUUCUGACGCUCUCACACAAGCACUCGUCGACAUGGCACAUUACAUUCCCCCAGUAAAAUCGACGAUCCAGGAGAAGCUGCUGGAUCUGCUCAGCCGGACGUUAUGUGGGCAGCCAUUCCAGACCCUCGGUCAUCCCACACAUGGCAAAGGAUUGCCACCCAUCUACACGAAAGAAGUGCGCGAUCAGCGAGACCCGCAACACCAAGAGCACAAGGACCAUGAGAUUGCUCUGGCUUUGCACACCCUCGGCUCCUUCGACUUCAGCGGUCAUGUGCUUAACGAAUUCGUCCGCGAUGUUGCCAUUCGUUACGUCGAGGACGAUGAUCCAGUAGUACGAAAGGCUGCAGCUUUGACAUGCUGCCAGCUGUUCGUGAGAGAUCCGAUCGUACACCAGACAAGUCAUCACGCCAUUCAGGUUGUGUCAGAUGUCAUUGAAAAGCUUCUCACAGUCGGCGUUGCGGAUCCCAUUGCAGACAUCCGUCUCACAGUCCUCGUGUCGCUGGACGCUCGCUUUGAUCGUCAUUUGGCAAAGGCCGAGAACGUUCGAACGCUGUUCCUCGCUCUGAACGACGAAAGAUUUGCCAUCCGAGAAGCUGCCAUGAGCAUCAUUGGCCGGCUCACCGCCGUCAACCCCGCUUACGUCUUCCCUUCACUCCGCAAGGUUCUCAUCCAAUUACUUACCGAGAUCGAAUACUCCAACAGCGCGAACAACAAGCGAGAAUCUGCACAGCUCAUAUCAGACCUUGUGAGCGCCAGCACCAAGCUCAUUAAGCCUUACGUCGACCCAAUGGUCACAGUCCUGCUCCCCAAGGCCGAUGAUCCCAACGCUGAUGUUGCAGCCACCACGCUCCGCGCACUCGGUGAUCUGGCGACAGUUGGUGGAGAGGAAAUGAUGAAAUACGUUCCAGAGCUGAUGAAGAUCAUCAUCCGCAGUCUGCAGGAUCUCAGUUCUCCCAAGAAACGAGAAACGGCUCUUUGUACGUUGGGCCAGCUGGCCAGCAGCAGCGGCUAUGUCAUCGACCCGUACCUGGAGCACACGGAACUUUUGACCAUUCUCGUCAACAUCGUCAAGAACGAGCCGCCGGGAGAUCUGCGGCGCGAGACAAUUCGCCUCAUGGGCAUCUUAGGUGCUCUGGACCCCUACAAGCACCAGCAGGUCAUCGAAGACUCGCCGGAAUCGAACCUCAGAGCUGAGGCGGAGGCGGAAUCGGAUGUGACGCUCAUCAUGAAAGGCAUCACGCCAAGCAAUGAGGACUACUAUCCGACCGUUGUCAUCAACACUCUCAUUCACAUGCUCAAGGACGACGCUCUCAAGCAAUACCACUCCGCGGUCGUGGAGGCAGUGAUGAACAUAUACGCCACCAUGGGCAUGAAAUGCGUGCCGUAUCUCAAUACCGUGGUUCCAGGGAUCGUCGGUGUGCUGAAAGACGCUCCAGAUGGCCGGUUAGAGGGUUACUUCAACCAGCUCAGUUUGCUCGUCAAGAUUGUGCGGCAGCACAUUCGGCCACAUUUGAGACUCAUCCUCGAUGCGGUCCAAGAUCAUUGGCAUCGAGGUACGACACUUCAAGCGACCAUCCUGAGUCUGAUCGAAAGCAUCGCGAGAAGCCUUGAGGGCGAGUUCAAGAUCUACCUCGCCCGAGUGCUGCCACUCAUGCUCGGUGUGCUUGACGGGGAUACUAGGUCAGAUGCAGGCAAAGCAGCGUGUCAGAGAGUUCUGCAUGCCUUCCUCAUCUUCGGCUCGAGCGCUGAAGAGUACAUGCACCUCAUCGUGCCUGUUGUGGUGCGGAUGUUUGACACCGAUCGAUUCCAGCCCCGCGACAUUCGACGAGUUGCGAUCGAAACGAUUGGCAAGCUGAGCAAGCAAGUCAACAUCUCGGAGUUUGCAGCCAAGAUCAUCCACCCCCUCGCUCGAGUGCUUGCUGGGAACGAAUCAUCUCUCCGGCAGCCUGCACUGGACACACUGUGUGCUCUCGUCUUCCAGCUUGGUCCGGACUAUCUGCAUUUUGUGCCCAGUAUUGAGAAAGUGCUUCUCACGCACAAGAUACAUCACUCACAGUACGCCACCAUCAUCAACAAGCUGAAGAAAGGUGAUUCUCUGCCACAAGAUUUGAGCCCGGAGGAGCGGUACAGAGACGAGGAUGACGACCAGUAUCCCACGGAAAUUGCCACGAAGAAGCUUGCGGUAAAUCAGCAGCAUCUCAAGAAUGCCUGGGAGGCGAAUCAGAAAUCGACACGGGAGGAUUGGCAGGAAUGGAUGCGUCGCUUCUCUGUCGAGCUAUUGAAAGAGUCUCCGCAGCAAGCCUUGCGAGCCUGCACGCCUCUUGCCACCAUCUAUCCUCCUCUGGCCCGCAGCCUCUUCAACUCGGCUUUUGUCAGCUGCUGGACCGAGCUCUAUGACCAGUAUCAAGAGGAACUGGUACGCUCGAUCGAAGUUGCACUAACAUCAUCCAACAUCCCGCCGGAAAUUCUGCAAAUCCUGCUCAAUCUGGCCGAGUUCAUGGAGCACGAUGAUAAAGCUCUGCCCAUCGACGUUCGAACGCUAGGAAUGUACGCCGGGAAAUGUCACGCCUUUGCCAAAGCAUUGCACUACAAGGAACUCGAGUUCAAUGCGGAUCAGAACGCCGCUGCCGUGGAAGCUCUGAUCAGCAUCAACAAUCAACUGCAGCAGACCGAUGCCGCUUUUGGAAUCCUCCGUAAGGCUAGGGGCUACACGGAUGUCGAUCUUCGAGAGACCUGGUACGAGAAGUUGCAGCGAUGGGAAGACGCCCUGGACCAGUAUCAAAAGCGAGAGCGCGAGGAAGGCGAGAAUGCAGGGUUCGAUGUCAUCAUGGGCAAGAUGCGCUGUUUGCAUGCCCUUGGCGAAUGGGACACGCUCAGCUCCAUCGCCGAAGACAAAUGGAUGAAUGCAAGUUCGGAUCAAAGAAAGCACAUUGCUCCUCUUGCUGCCGCUGCUGCUUGGGGCAUGGGCCAGUGGGAGCUCAUGGACAACUAUCUCGGCGUCAUGAAGCAGAAUUCGCCAGAUCGGUCGUUCUUCGGCGCCAUUCUAUCCAUCAACCGCAACCAGUUUGAGGACGCGCAUGCUCACAUCACCAAAGUCCGCGAUGGACUUGAUGCCGAGCUCAGUGCAUUGCUGGGAGAGUCAUAUGCUAGGGCGUAUAGUGUGAUUGUACGGGUGCAAAUGCUGGCCGAGUUGGAAGAAAUCAUCACCUACAAGCAACAUGCCGGCGACCAGGAGAAACAAGAGCGGAUGCGCCACACGUGGACCAAGCGACUCCUCGGGUGUCAGCGUAGUGUCGACGUAUGGCAGCGCAUGCUCAAAGUCCGCGCUCUGGUCAUCACGCCGCCGGAGAACAGCGACAUGUAUAUCAAGUUUGCCGCCAUUUGCCGCAAGGCUGAGCGUAAUGGACUCGCCGAGAAGAGUUUAAACUCACUGCUGGGCAUCAGCAACAACAGUGAGUACAAGAUUGUGGACGAAGAGGGCAUGGAAAAGGUCCGUGCCGCGCCGGACAAAGUUCAAUUCGCAGUGUACAAGUAUCUGUGGGCCACCGGUCACCACGACAAAGCUUUGCUUUCCUUGCGGGAGUUCGUUUAUAAGCUGAGGAAAGACUUCGACACGAGAAGCCAGGAGUUCGCGAACGGGUCGGUGAAUGGCACGUCCUCCGCACACAUCAAUGGUACGAAUGGCAUCAAUGGCGACCAGACUCCAUUCAGCUCCACCACUGGACAGCCGUCCGCAAAGGACAAAGCGGACUUGGAUGCCGCAAGGACGUUAUUAGCUCGUUGCUAUCUCAAGCAAGGCGACUGGCAGAUUGCACGGCACGGUGGCGACUGGCAGUCCGACCACGUAGGCGAUGUCCUGCAUUCGUAUUAUGCGGCGACUCGCUACAACGAGAACUGGUACAAGGCGUGGCAUGCCUGGGCCCUGGCCAAUUUCGAGGUCGUUACGGCACUCACGUCGGAAGCAGGCCGGGAAGAGGCCGAUGUCCCGCAGCACAUUGUCCACGACCACGUUGUCCCUGCAAUCAAGGGCUUCUUCAAGUCAAUAGCAUUGUCGUCGAGCAGCUCGUUGCAGGACAAUUUGCGGCUGUUGACCAUGUGGUUCGCGCACGGCUCGCACCAGGAGGUCACCCAUGCGGUCACCCAGGGCAUUUCGACCGUCUCUGUGGAUACCUGGCUCGAGGUUCUCCCUCAGCUCAUCGCUCGCAUCAACCAAUCGAAUCGUCUGGUUCGGGAGGCGGUGCACGCGCUGCUCGUCGAUGUUGGGCGAGCGCACCCCCAACCCCUCGUGUAUCCGCUCACAGUCUCGAUGAAGUCGGAGACGUUGACGCGAUCGCGCGCUGCAGGCCGUGUGAUGGAGGCUAUGCGCCAGCACAGUCCGAAACUUGUCGAGCAAGCUGCCGUAGUGAGCCGCGAACUCAUUCGUAUCGCCGUGCUGUGGCAUGAACAAUGGCACGAAGGCUUGGAAGAAGCGUCCCGCCUGUACUUCGGUGACCACAACAUCCAGGGCAUGCUGGACUGCCUCGAGCCGCUGCACGAGAUGCUGCGCAAGGGCCCCGAGACUCUGCGCGAGAUCUCGUUCAUUCAAAGCUUUGGCCGGGACCUUAACGAUGCUCGCCAAUGGUGCGAAGCGUACAAGACUACGCAGGAAGUCGGCGAGCUCAACCAAGCAUGGGACUUGUACUACGGCGUUUUCAAACGGAUUGCACGACAGUUGCCGCAGUUGAUGAGUCUCGAGCUGCAAUAUGUCUCGCCGGAGCUGAAGAAUGCGCACGACCUGGACCUUGUCGUGCCGGGCACCUACCAAAGUGGAAAGCCGAUCAUUCGCAUUCAGUCUUUCGACCCCGUGGCAACCGUGAUUUCCUCCAAGCAACGGCCUCGGAAGCUGGGACUACGCGGCACGGAUGGUUUGAAGCAUGAAUACCUACUCAAGGGCCACGAAGACAUCCGCCAGGACGAGCGCAUCAUGCAGCUUUUCGGGCUUAUCAAUACCCUCCUUGCCACCGAUACGGAAUGCCUGAAGCGUCAUCUGAACAUUCAACGCUUCUCUGCGAUUCCCCUUUCGACUCAGUCAGGUCUCAUUGGAUGGGUGCCAAACAGCGAUACUCUGCACGUGCUCAUCCGUGAAUAUCGCGAGAGCCGCAAAAUCCUCCUUAACAUCGAGCAUCGGAUUAUGUUGCAGAUGGCACCCGACUAUGACAACCUGACGUUGAUGCAAAAAGUGGAAGUGUUCGGGUACGCACUCGAUAAUACGACGGGGCAGGAUCUGUACCGAGUGUUGUGGCUCAAGAGCAAGAGCUCGGAAUCGUGGCUCGACCGGCGGACGAACUACACUCGCUCGCUCGCCGUCAUGUCCAUGGUGGGAUACAUCCUGGGUCUGGGCGAUCGACAUCCUUCGAAUCUCAUGCUCGAUCGCAUCACAGGCAAGAUCAUCCACAUCGAUUUCGGCGACUGUUUCGAGGUGGCGAUGCACCGCGAAAAGUACCCCGAGCGAGUGCCCUUCCGCCUGACGCGCAUGCUCACCUUCGCAAUGGAGGUCAGCAACAUCGAAGGCAGCUUCCGAACGACGUGCGAGCACGCGAUGCGGCUGUUGCGCGAGAACAAGGAAUCUCUCAUGGCUGUGCUGGAAGCCUUCAUCCACGAUCCUCUGCUUAAUUGGCGGUUGGGCAACAAUGAUAAUCCACCUGAGCCCUCCUUCCCCUCGGAGCGCCGCAACUCCAUCAUCGCGCAACCACCCGGUCCAGAUGCCGGGCGCCGCUCAUCGAUUGCACCGAACGGCACGAGCGGCGGGCCUGGGAGCUCUUAUCGGCCCCGGCACCGCUCGAGCACGCAGGCGAAUGGCAAUGGGGAGCAGCAGGUGGAGAAGGAAGUGCAGAAUGCGCGGGCAGUGCAGGUGCUCAGCCGGGUGAAGGAGAAGCUGACGGGCCGCGACUUUAAGAAGGAGAGCGAGCUGGGCGUCAACCGGCAGGUGGAGAAGUUGCUGGCGGAGGCGACGAAUCUCGAGAAUCUGUGCCAGCACUACAUCGGGUGGUGCAGUUUCUGGUGAUCUUGCCGCUGGCUGCGAGGAUGGUGAAUGGCUUCGAUUGCUCGCUUCUGCUGUCGCUUCGAGCAGGGCGUUUUGCUGGAACGAGGAGCAUAGAUAGGCGUAUUACUUAUGAGCGGGAAUGUGGGAGGUACGGAAGCGACAACGAGACACGAAGGCGUCUGCGCAUCGAAAGGUUAUUAGCUACAGUAUAACUAGUAAAGCAUGGCUGUGUAUUGUCAACAA